GGUUAAGUAACUUGCCCCGAGUUAAGACAUACUUGUAAGUGGUGGAGCUGGGAUUUGAACUCUUGUUUGCCUGACUUUGGUGUCCUUGCUUCUAAUGACUAUACCACUCCUGGAUUUAGAAACUUGUAUAACUUGGGUGGUGGUUGUUGUUGUCUUCUUUUGACAGGGCAAGAGCAGGCAAAUCCUGCUUUAGGGAUCUAUUUCUGUCCUAGGAGUUUAUAAAAUAGUUUGUAGCACAUGUUCAAAGAAGAUAAAAUAAUUGAUUUUCAUUCUUUUGCAUAUUAAGAUGGUGAUGGAAUUCCCUGACAAUGUGUUAAAUCUCGAUGGGCAUCAAAAUAAUGGUGCACAAUUAAAGCAGUUUAUUCAGCGACAUAGCAUGCUUAAGCAGCAAGAUCUAAGUAUUGCCAUGGUGGUGACAUCACGUGAAGUAUUGAGUGCAUUUUCUCAGCUUGUCCCAUGUGUUGGUUGUCGUCGCAGUGUGGAGCGCCUCUUUUCCCAGCUUGUGGAGUCUGGAAAUCCCGCACUUGAACCCCUGACAGUAGGGCCCAAGGGAGUCCUAUCUGUAACUCGAAGCUGCAUGACUGAUGCAAAGAAACUUUAUACCUUAUUUUAUGUACAUGGGUAAGUAUAAUCAAUGGGGGUAGAUGACCUUGUUAAAAAUUUUUAAACUUUGGGACAGUGGUAGCUCUGUUACUGAAUUUGGUAGGGGCAAAGCUUGAGUUCAAAAUCAGUAAUUUUAUUGAAUAUCUUCUGGGUACCAGUGACUAUACAUAUUCUCAUAUGGAGAGAGGCAGGCAGUAGGCAAAUAACAUGAUUUGUCAGCUAAGUUAUACAUAAGGGAGAUGAGAAUGGUAGGGUGGAAUUAAUAAGGAGGAUGGUCGGGAAGGCUUCUGUGAUAAAAUGACAUUGAGUGUGUAGACUUGAAUGAAGUGAGUAAGUAAACUAUGUAGAUAUCUGGAGGAAGGCACAGUAGGUGGAGCAAAUGUAAAGGUUCAAAGGUUGGAGUUUUCCUGACAUGUCCGAAGAACAGUAAGAAAGCCAUUGUGGCUGGAGCCAGGUGAUUGAAGGGAACAGUAAUAAAAGAUGAGAUCAGAGG